AUGUCCGCUCAGGCUGCCGCUCCGGCAGAGCUCUCUCAUCAGCACGAAGGCUCUUCCCCUUCCGACAGCAUCAACGACAACAAGCAGAGCCACCUCCAGGCCGCUGUUCCCGCCGACGAUGACAUUGAGUCUCUGUCGGAAGAGGAGCGAGCCGCUCUCGAGAUGUCACUCAAGAAGAAGCUCGACUGGCAGAUUGUUCCCCUUUGUCUAAUUCUCUACCUCUUGAGUUUCUUGGACCGCACAAACAUUGGCCAGGCCCGUCUUAACGGUCUCGAGGAAGACCUGAAGAUGAGAAAGGAUGGCUACGACUACCGCAUUGCUCUCACUGUUCUCUACAUUCCUUAUAUUAUCUUCGAGAUCCCAUCGAAUCUGGUCGUAAAACGCUUCGGGCCUGCACGCUGGAUCCCUUUCCUCGUCAUGUCUUGGGGUUUGGUCUCUACUCUUCAAGGUCUGGUCACAAACAAGACUGGUUUGUACGUAAACCGUGCCUUUAUAGGGUUAGCAGAAUCUGGUAUCUUACCGAGCCUCGCCCUCUACCUUAGCUUCUUCUACAAGCGUGAGGAGAUGGGUGUUCGACAGGCACUUUACUUCUCCGGCGCUUCGCUUUCUGGUACCUUCGGGGGUCUCCUUGCCACUGCCAUCGGUCUGAUCAAGCACAAGCCUGGAGGAUGGGCGUGGAUCUUCAUCAUUGAGGGCAUCUUCACCAUUUUCUUCGGUUUGCUCUGCUUCUGGAUUCUGCCCAACGAUAUCUCCAAGCUUUGGUGGGUAACCCCCCAGGAGAAGAAGCUUGCUUACGCUCGUAUGGCCCCUCCCGUCUCUAAGCCCACUCAGGAUCCCGAAAACGUUGACGCCUUUACCACCACUGAGAAGCGUGUUGCUGCCGCUACUGAUGACAAGCUCGAGUACAACGGCAAGUUCGUGCUUCGCGAGGUCAUCCGUACUUUCACCGAUCCAUUGGUCGUACUUUUCGCUGCUUCUGGCUACGCCUACGCUACCCUGCUCUAUUCCUCGGCUUUUUUCAGCCCAACUAUCAUUCGAACUCUUGGUAUCGCAAGCACCACUGCUGAGGCUCAAUUACUCUCAGUUCCUCCCACUGCUGCCGCCUUCUUCGUCUCAAUUACUGCAGCCGUCCUCUCUGACAAGUACAGGUGGCGUUGGAUUUCGGUCGUUUGUCUCAUUCUCCUUUCCAUUGCUGGUGUUGGCCUUGCCUACGGCUCGAAAGUGGCCUCGCAGCGAUAUGGUGGUAUCAUCCUCCUUUCGUGCGGUACCUAUUCAAUUCCUCCGCUUGGAAUUAGCUGGAUGCUUAAUAACACUGCAGGCCUCUACAAACGCGCGACAGCCAUCGCGCUUUACAUCGUCUUCACAAACGGCGGGGGUAUCCUAUCAGUCUGGCUUUUCUACAACAACGAGGCCCCUCGUUAUAGGCGCGGUUUCCUUGUCAAUUUGUGUCUCAACAUAGCCGCCCUCGCUCUAGUCACAAUAGCAGAGCUAUACAUGCUCUGGGAGAACAGACAACGCAAGGCAGGAAAGCGUGACUAUCGUGUCACCGAACUCAAGCAGCUCGGCUGGGGCGACUCCAAGAUCCGCGAGUACCUUGGUGAUGCCCACCCCGAGUUCACUUACAUGCUCUGA